AUGUUUAAUUGUGUGAAUAUUUUUAUAGCAAGUAUUUUCUUGAACAGCGUUUCACCGACUUUAUUCUCAGUCUUCUCAGUCUACACGAAUGCUUUCGGCCUGAGGGCAUGUGCGGCUGAUGUUGCUAAUAUCCAGCUCGUGUUCGGGUACAACUCUUGCCUGAAAUGUGCAGCUAAAUGUUCAAAUACGAUCAACUGCGUCGGAUGCAACUACCAGGCGGGUUCGAAGAGUUGCUCGCUCUUCGUCAAUUGCACAAAACUCGCAACGAGAUACAACACGCUAAAUACCUGCGUCUUAUAUCAGCUGGCAGAUCAUCAGUUGGUCGUUGAAAUUGAACGAAUCACAUUCGAAAUCUCCCAAAGCCAUGCAGCGGGCUAUGCACUUAUGUCAAUUGAUUACACUCAGACUCUAACUUAUUAA